AUGUUAUCGACUUAUUCGCUUGUCUUUGUUCUCUUUGUUGCAUUGGUUAUUGUCGAUGGACAAACCUUUUCCAAUUGUGGUGGGGCUUCGGACCAAAUCAAACUAAAAAGUCUUGCUAUUUCUCCAUAUCCAAUCAAAGUACCUGGUCCUGCGACAUUCACAUUGGAUGUUGAUGUUAGCGAAAACAUCGUCAAUCCACUUCAGACCAAAUACGAUUUAGUUGCUACAGCUUUGGGUUUUCCCGUGAAAAUUAAAUGUGAAAACUGUGUUGGCUCAUGUACGUAUGAUGAUUGGUGUAAGGCUUGUCCAACUUGUCCAUGUCCAGUUAAUGCUGGUAAUCAAAAAAUGGUCAUUGCAAUGAAUUUCACCUCAUCAAUUCCUAUUGGAUCCAAGGCAACAGUUAAAGCUCAAAUCGACUUCUUAUCCGCAACAGGUCAAACUGGCUGCGUUUUAAUGCCUAAAAUCGAAGUUCGAAAAUAA